GUAUCACUUUAUUUUAAGGUGUCCUGAACAUGAUGUGACCCUAGAAAUGACAGAAUGCUGAAGCAUACCUGGUUUCUCUCAUCAGAGGAACGAUGUUGCUCAUUACAGGCAUCAGAAGUGGCGUUUCCUUGCAGCAGAUCUUCAUUUGUGUGUAACUGAGGAAUUCCUGGUGCUGUAUUGACUUCUUUACACAUUUUAUAGCUCUUCAUGAGAUCUCAACUGGUAAAAAUAUACCAUCACAUGUACACACAAACAAUGAGCACAUUUAGCCCAGCACACAGCAUUCUUUUGUUACAAAAUGUACAUCAUAAAAGCUGUUUUCUCUCUAGGUUUGGUGUUAAAACAGUGUGAAUGCUAGGCGAACCAGGAUUAAAUGUAUCAUUUUCUUUUUUGGUCCAGACCAAAAGAACCAAGAGAACCAAACUACAAGUGCAAACACACCCAAGACAUAAUAGCAUAGUGUACCUGGCCCCUGAUCCUGCCCUGCAGGCAUAUAAGAAAAAUGACCAGUUCAGGCUUAUUUUCAUUAUUCUCUUCUCUAGAUCAAAUUGAUGAUGAACAAGACAAUGAUAGAUCUCAAAACCAAAGUGAGAAAAUGAAGGGAGAGGUUCACAGUCAUUUAGAGGAGAGCAUUCGUCCAUACAUUGAUUUAAUUGACAAUCUGCGGUCAGUUGGCGUUCACAAGGACUUGGCAUUACCGACUAUUGCAGUGAUCGGAGACCAGAGUUCUGGAAAAAGCUCUGUGUUGGAAGCGCUUUCUGGAGUUGCAUUACCAAGAGGAAGCGGAAUUAUCACCAGAUGUCCACUAGAGCUGAGGCUGAAGAAAGUAACUGGAAUCAAGUGGAAGGCUGUUCUAUCCUACCGUAAGAAGAGAAUUGAAUUUGCGAAUUCAUCAAUGAUUGAAAGACAUGUUGAAACAGCCCAGAAUGUGCUGGCAGGAAAAGUUGGAAUAUGUGAUGAGCUCAUCACUUUAGAGGUCAUGUCACCAGAUGUGUGUGACCUCACACUGAUCGAUCUACCUGGAAUUGCCCGAGUCCCAGUAAAAGGACAACCAGAGGAUAUUGGAAACCAGAUUAAAAGUCUGAUAACAAAGUUUAUUGAGACACAAGAGACUAUAAACCUGGUAGUGGUCCCUUGUAACACUGACAUUGCAACAACAGAAGCAUUAAAAAUGGCACAAGAAGUAGAUCCUGAGGGCAAAAGAACCAUCGCUAUUUUGACCAAGCCAGAUCUCAUAGACAGAGGAACAGAGAAGAACAUCCUGGACAUUGUCCACAACAAAGUGAUUCCUCUCCACAAAGGUUACGUCAUGGUGAAGUGUAGAGGACAACAGCAGAUCGAUGAGAAAAUUCCUUUGGAGGAGGCGACAGAAAUAGAGAGAGAUUUCUUCCAAAACCAUGAGUUUUUCAGAUGCCUCUUGAAAGAGGAUAAAGCAACUAUUAAAUGUCUUGCUGUCAAACUGACUCAGAAUCUUGUCGAUCAUAUCAAAAAAUCACUGCCACAGCUCAGUGAGCAGAUAAUAACACAGUUGUGGGACGUGAAGAAUGAGCUCAAAGAGUGUGAGCCUGGACCGCCAAAUGACCCUAAGGGGGCCAAACAGUUCCUCAUUGAAAUCUUAAAAAGAUUCAAUGAUCAAAUCAACUCCUUAUCAUCAGGGGAGCUGAUCAAUGCAGAAAAUCUGUUUUCCCAGCUUCGGGCUGAAUUCAAGAAGUGGAAUGAUCAUCUUAACCAUUCAAAGCCAACCUUUUACAGUUUGAAAGAGUUUAUCCAGAAUUACAGAGGGAGGGAAUUGCUCGGUUUCAGCAACUACAGAAUGUUUGAGUGGUUUCUGCAGUGCCAUGUGGCCAAACUUAAGAAGUCAGCCAUGGAAUUGCUCAGUGCCAUCAAAGACAUCAUCCUCAAGCAAUUCAAAGAUGUGUCCUAUAAAUGCUUUCGGAACUACUCUGUACUUCAAAAAAUCACUGAGAGCAAAAUCAACAAUAUUCAGUCAAGUCAGGAAGACAAGGCAGAGCAGAGGAUCUCAGAGCAGUUUGAAAUGGAAAACAUGAUCUACACCCAAGAUCCCAUCUACUUGAAGUUCUUGAAUGAGAUUAGUGAAGAGAAAUUUUCAGAAGAGCAGUCACCUAUUUUUGACAUAAAGAGCAAGUACAGUGAAAUGCUGAAGGCGUAUUAUGAGAUUGUGGUGCAGCGGAUGGCUGACCAACUGCCCAUGAUGAUCUCUUUUUUCAUGCUGAAGCAGACUGCUCAGCUCCUGUCUACUGACAUGUUGUGUUUACUGGACAGGGCAGAUGUGAGCAAGCUCCUGUCUGAGAACUCUGAAGUUGGUACAAGACGCAGAGACCUACAUGCCAGACUGGACCGUUUGACUGCUGCUCAGGAAGCACUUAAUGUUUUUAUUUGAGUUUUUUAUGUUUUUAUUGUUCUUCUUCUUCUUCUUCUUGGUUUUUAACGACGGCCGGCAUCCAACAUAAUAGGUGCAUUACCGAAACCUUCUGCUCCAGAAUGUGGAACAGAGUGUAGAUUCUAUUCAUUAGCCCUGUCUUCCUAAUAAAUUCAAAGAAAGCUUUACUGUUUAUCUCACUUGGCCAUUUUAUUAAAGCUUUAAUAUUUAAUUUCUGAGGUCUGUUUUUCCUCAUUUCUUCUAUUAUAGCGUUUCUUUCCUGCUCAUAUUUCAGUAAUUGCAUGAGAUAUAGUCUCCUCAACCUGCCAUUGUUCACGUAAUCCAUUUGCAUGUUUUCCUAUUAUUUUGAGAGUGCUGAUUAAAUUGGAAUACCCUAAACUUAUUCUGUUGUAAAUACAUUAUUUUCUUGAUUUACCUAUAUAUCUUAUUUUUUUAUUUACUUUAUUAAUUAAAGGUGCAAUAUGUAAUAUUUUUGCAGUAAAAUAUCCAAAAACCACUAGGCCAGUGUUAUAUAUUUUGUUCACUUGAGUACUUACAAUAUCCCAAAUGUUUCCAACUAUUUGUAAAUCGUGAGAAAAUUGCAAUUUUAACCAAGGCUCCGGGCCGUGUGAGGAGUCGCCUGUCAAUUUCGUCAUAGCCGCGUUACCCUCGGUUUCCGAUUUUAUUUUGUAGAAACCAUGGAAACACCAAAGAUAUUACACGUUUUAAUAGACAAGGGAACAUCUGUUUUGAUAUAUUUAUAGACAGAAAACGAAUUGUUGUUAUAUAGCUCAACACGUUUAGUCUUAUUGUUUAAAUCUAAUUUUCUUGAUUUUUUUGCGAGUACCAUGCUUUACCAUGCCUCAGAGAAAAACACUAUUUUGUCAAGUAGUUAACAUAGCAUAAUCAGAUGCAGCUUUAUUUUUAGUAACAGUAAUACAGAAUUUUCUCCAUCAUACAAUUUUAAAAUACGUUUUAAAAUUAAUUGCAUGCCAUUUAUCAACACAAGACAUCCAAUAUUUAAUAUGAUAUUCUAAAAUCGAUCUACCUUACUGCAGUGUGGAACAAGUGUCUCACAGCAGCCACCGAGCAAACGCUCAGAGUAAUGUUAUAACAUUUUUAACACACUCAAAUGUAUCUAAUAAUAAUAAACAUAGCAGCGUUACCUCAUACUCAUGACCGGAAGAGCGGAAGCGGCGCUGGCGACUGUGGCAUAAUAAAAGUUCCGCUGCUCGCGGCAUGUGUUGCGCAAUCGCUCCAGCAUCCUCAUUCAGCUCCCACAACACUCGGUCCUGCUCUGCUUCAUACUACAGUAACGUUAAUAAUCUCAUCCAUGAACAAGAUUUUUUCCAGACUCCAAUACCUAUUAUUUUGCACUGUCCGUUGAGGUAGAGACCACAUGUCCCAAGAUUCCGCUCUAAAACUUGGCGUCAUCAAGCUACGCCUUUGUUUUGAAUAGGCUUCUAGAGACCUCUAGCGGACAAAAUUAUUACAUAUUGUACCUUUAAGCUGUAAACUCCUUUCCCCACUGUUCCACUUAAUUAGUAUAUUAGUACUGUAACCACAUUUUUGCUUAAUUCCAGAUUAAUACCUUCUCCUCAUGCGUUCUGGUCAUGUGUUUCCUUUGCUUCAUGUGUUAGGUUUUCAUUGGUUGAUUUUGUCAUGUUUUAAUCAGUUCUGUUUUGUCAUUGGUUCAUUGUCUUUAUCAUGCUCAGGUGUAUCUUGUUUGUCAUAGUCCAUGUGUAUAUAUAACCCUUUUGUUUCCAUAGUCCUUUUGCUAGCUUUGCUCUCUUUUUUUUCUCCAUGUAACCAGGUUUAUUCAUGUCAAGUUCAAGUUAUAGGCAAGUACUCUUGUUAAUGUCAUUGUUUAGUUCUCUUUGUUUUGUAUUUGGUUUGUGUUUUGUUUAUUAAACUGCACUGUAAACCCUAAUAA